AGAUUACUGAUCCUUGCCCCCGUUCUCUCUCAGUAACUCAAGAUGAAGAUGUAACCUAUUCUGAGGUGAAACCUACCAACCAUACCUCCUCCUGCACAGUGUCCCACUGUGGCUCCGCAGACCACAGCGACCAUUAGCAGCAGUUUGGCAGCAAUGGCAGCAUCUACAGUCUCCAAAGAUUCAGAGGGUAUAUACACUGAACUGGCCUCCACACAACAAGAUGUAUACAGCACUCUGGGCCACACCACACUCAACAGCUCAAGAGCUCAGCACACAAAGAAAAGCGGACAAAGCUCACACCCCUACAGGCUGGCUGCAGUGUGUCUGGGGCUGCUGUGUGCUCUCUUAUUGGCUGCCACAAUAGUCCUGUGUGUCCUCUAUACAAACCAGUCUGGGAAAUAUUCAAUGCUGGAGAGAGGCCAGGAGGAGCUCAGAGCCAAUAGCAGCACCUUGAAGAGAGUGUACAAGCCCUGUCCACAGGGCUGGGAGCAGUUUUCUUCCAAGUGUUACUACUUCUCCAUGGAGAGGAAGAGCUGGAAGGACAGUCACAGUGACUGCAUUAAAUGGGCAGCUGACCUGGUGAUUAUAGAGAGUCAAGAGGAACAGGAGUUCAUCACCAAAUACAUACAAGAUUAUUACUGGAUUGGACUGAGUGACUUAGAAACAGAGGGCACCUGGCUCUGGGUGGAUGGAACCCUCCUACAGAAAAACUACUGGAAGAGUGGAGAACCAGAUGAUCGUAACCAGCUAAACAGUUAUAUAUACAGACCCGCAGACUGUGCAGUUACUUACCCUGGUAAGAAUCUAUGGAUGGACGCAAGCUGCCAUUUGUCCAUCCGCUUCAUCUGUGAGACUGAUGCUCUGCUCCCUUAAUUGCCAAUGAUGUAAAAUUGAUGUCGAAUGGGAAAUCCAUUUUUGUACCAUGACAGUUUUAACCAUUUCCUUGGCUGAAAAUAUCAAAAUAAACAGAACUGUGGCAGUGUUUGAGUGGUGUGUCAUCAAAGCGCUCAGUGCCUGGAGAGAAAUCCUGUCAUCUUGAUAAGAUAUUUGUUUGCACUCCAUUCCUAUGAAAGCUGUGGUUAUGAAUCAGAUUUUGAAGAAAAGUUAUGCGAUUAAACUUGGAUAUGAAUUUGUGUAUUCUUAGAUUAACUGAAAUGCUACAUGCUACUUAAAUGGAAUUGGUUCAGUGAGACAAAUGCUGUGCUCCCCAAUGUAACAUUCAUUAUUGCAAAUAUUUUGUAUGCAGAGAAAGAGGUUAGUGCUACUGUUGGGAAUACAUGGAGUAUACAUACUGCUAUUUUAACUAGAUGUGCCUGUGAGACUAAUCUUUAUUAAAUGCAGCGGAAUUACUGUACAAAAGCCUAUACAUUUUACAGUAUUAAAUAUUAUUAUACAGUAUUUUCAGCUAUAACAUUAUUAGUUCUGUGAAUAUGGACAUAUGUAUAAAUAAUCAUAAAUCCUUAUUAGCACUAUAAGUUUACUGUAGUACACAACAGCAAUCACCGUGCUACAAAAGUGGAUGUGUUAUGAGCUCAUUGUGUCAAAGCAUCUGCUAAUACAAAGAGCUCUUAGUACUUUUAAAAAUGAGUAUGUCACUAAAACGUGCUUAGAUGUUGCUCUCUAAACAGGGGCUGUGACGCAAAACCAUAAACCAGAUGUACCCGCAAAAUGGUUCUGUAUG